AUCAUUUGGAUUGUUUGGAAGACUGGUUUUGCCGCUGAUCGCUGGUAUUUACGUACCAAUGAGUAUCUACGAUAACGAAACACGAUGACGUGUGCUUUGCCGUAAGUGAAAGUAACUUUAAUUUGUGGAAGGAGUUAAUGGCGAAGGCCUCCAACGUUAGACGUGUUUUGAGUUGAACACAGUCUCUCGUUGGUUGUGGUUCAGUGCACUCGCGGCUUAUAACGUUCAUCGCUAAUAAUGUGUGGAAUUUUCGCAUAUAUAAAUCAUCUAACGCCUAAGACCCGGCGGGAGAUAUUGGAGCUACUUGUGAAUGGAUUGAAGCGUUUGGAAUACCGUGGCUAUGAUUCUGCAGGCGUAGCCGUUGACGCUGCGGAUCAAAAAGAUAUUGCAGUUGUGAAAAAGCAAGGCAAAGUAGCCGCGCUUGAAGAAUUACUCCAAGAACGCAGUGUCGAACUUGCGGUCGAAGAAUGUGUAGAAUCUCAUUGUGGAAUUGCUCAUACCCGUUGGGCCACUCACGGAGAACCGAGCGCUAUCAACUCUCAUCCUCAACGAUCUGGAGAAGAUAAUGCAUUUGUUGUUAUCCAUAAUGGUAUCAUUACUAACUAUAAAGAAGUUAAAACUUUCUUAGAAAACAAGGGAUAUAUUUUUGAAUCCCAGACUGACACGGAGGCUAUUGCAAAGUUGGUGCAUCAUAUUUACAACCAACACAAAGGCUACAGCUUCCAAGAGCUGGUUGAGCAGGUAAUUCAACAACUAGAAGGUGCCUUUGCUUUAUGCUUUAAAUCUCGCUACUUUCCAAAUGAAUGUGUAGCAACCAGACGUGGUAGCCCUUUACUGGUUGGUAUUAAAACGAGACGCAGCCUCUCCAGCGAUCAUGUGCCUAUUAUGUACAAUAAUAACAAGGCUACUCGUGGAGUUGUACCUGCAUUGCCACGUGUUAACAGCCAUGCUCAGUUCCAACCAGAAGAGGAGAGAGAUGUUGAAUAUUUCUUUGCCUCAGAUGCGUCUGCUGUAAUUGAACACACUAACAGGGUCCUUUACUUUGAAGAUGAUGAUGUAGCACACAUCAAAGAUGGUAUUCUGAGUAUUCACCGUAUGUCAGGAAGCAGUUCUGAUCCCCACCAACGUGAAAUUUUAACAUUAAAAUUGGAGUUGCAGCAGAUUAUGAAAGGAAAUUAUGAUUAUUUUAUGCAAAAAGAAAUAUUUGAACAAUCAGAAUCAAUUGUUAAUACAAUGAGAGGCCGUCUCAACUUUGCUGAUGGAGCAGUCACACUUGGAGGAAUAAAAGACUAUAUACCUGAAAUUAAACGUUGCAGGCGGUUGAUGUUGAUUGGAUGUGGAACUAGCUACCAUAGUGCUGUAGCCACAAGACAACUAUUGGAAGAAUUGACAGAGCUUCCAGUAAUGGUGGAAUUGGCAUCUGAUUUCCUUGAUAGGAAUACACCAGUUUUUCGUGAUGAUGUAUGCUUCUUCAUUUCUCAGUCUGGUGAAACUGCAGAUACCUUAAUGGCCCUUAGAUAUUGCAAGCGCCAUGGAGCUUUGAUUGUGGGAAUUACAAAUACUGUGGGCAGUUCUAUUUGUCGUGAGUCUCAUUGUGGUGUACAUAUUAAUGCUGGGCCGGAAAUUGGUGUUGCAUCAACUAAAGCUUAUACAUCUCAAUUUGUAUCUCUUGUUAUGUUUGCUUUAGUUAUUAGUGAAGAUAGAAUUUCUCUCCAAAAGCGCCGCGCGGAUAUAAUUGCUGGAUUACAUGAAUUAGAUAAGAAGAUUCAGGAAGUUUUAGCAUUAGAUUCGGAAGUAAAAGCUUUGGCGGAAGAUCUGUAUCGCCAACGUUCUCUGUUGAUUAUGGGUCGUGGAUAUAAUUUUGCUACUUGUCUGGAAGGUGCACUCAAGGUUAAAGAAUUGACCUACAUGCAUAGUGAAGGUAUAAUGGCGGGUGAAUUGAAACAUGGACCUCUUGCUCUAAUUGAUGAUUCCAUGCCAGUAAUGAUGAUAGUAAUGCGUGAUCCCGUUUAUACAAAAUGUAUGAACGCAUUGCAACAAGUGACAGCGCGUCAAGGUCGGCCGAUUGUUGUUUGCGAAAAAGGUGAUACAGAGACCAUGGCCUUAGCGUCCCGUGUUCUCGAAGUCCCUAAAACAGUUGAUUGUCUACAAGGAGUGCUUACUGUUAUUCCCAUGCAAUUACUAGCAUAUCACAUAGCUGUUUUGCGCGGAUGUAAUGUCGAUUGCCCAAGAAAUCUUGCGAAGUCUGUAACUGUAGAAUGAUUUUGUAUUUGUUAUCCUUUAAUAAUAUGCGAUCUCUACAUUCAUAACUUAGUGUUAUGGAAUACUAUUUUUAUCAUGUUUAUUGGUUGUAUACCAAAAGUUUACCUUUUCUUUUGAAUUUCAUAGAAUUCAUUUCAUUUAUCUAUAGUCGACAAUGGGUUCGACAAAUUCAGUUAUCUCUGCAAUGAUAAUAUUCCAAUAUAAUUAAAACGAUUAAGAUUAAAUUUAUCUUAUAAGAUCUGUAUCAUUAAAGAACUCGGAAAAGUAAGUGUUUGGUAUGUUUAAAACCAAAACAUUCCAUAAUUAUUGAAAAGUUAAAGUUCAGAAUGCUCUUGUGUAAUAUUACAUUCCAUUACUCAAUUUCAUGCCGGUAUAUAUUACGAUAUUUUAUCUGGUACAAGGUCGGUCACAGCUCGAUAAUAACCUGGUUUUAAACAUAUUAUUUAAACUUUAAGCCUUAUGUAUUGGAAAUACAUAAUAUUUUAAAACAUAGCUACUAUUUUGAAUGCUUCUUGAAAUACUCGUAUAUAUGGUACCUUUUUCUAUAGUUAAGUUAUAUCGUCGGGAAAAAUCUUGCAAUAACAAAAUUCUUUUGAUAAAAUCAUUUUUAUAAGCGUAUUUGAAUGCAUACUUAAAAAACAAAAAAAUCCGUGUGGCACUCGGGGACUGCCGAUGCCGCGGUAAAGCUAUUACAUAGCAUGCCUUCAAGCCACACC